AGAUUCAAAGCACCGUCAUCUCUGUCCUACCGAGACCGCUCGCAAGGAUCGACCCAAGGGACCAAUACACCACCUUACUCGGGUCGUUCGUCGCCGUAUAGCGGUACACUCGAAAAUACCAAUAGCCAUUAUGCGUCGUCAAAUUCAUCGUCGACGUAUUAUAAUGGCACCAUGCCGGGAACAGGGUUGGGUUAGGGAUGAAUGGAAACUCGACGACGCUGAGAUACCAAUCGCAAAGGACGGCGGAGGAGUUGGAGAGUCAGAAUGAUGAGAGGAUUGAUGGACUGAAUGCGAAGAUUAAACUGUUGAAAGAUAACGACGCUUUCACAGAAACAACCGACAUCUUAAGUGGGACCUUUAGACGAAUGAACGCCAUGGCCACACGACAAGGGGGACGAUGGGCAUGUUACAUGAUCUUUCUGGCUCUUGUCUUUUCGUUCUUUAUCUUUGUGUGGUUUGUCCGGAAGGUGACAUGAGCCCCUCACUUGAAUUCACCUUACCACAGACCAUACCUCUGCAUUCGCUGCUCCCAGUUGCCAGUGAGGACAACAUCCUAUCCUUCUCGCCCUUCGUCUUGCGUCUGUUUAUUUAUGCGUCACUCAUGAUCAUGGACAAUAGUUAGCUCUCAGCACUGUUUAUUUCUCAACAAUAUAUCUCAUGUCAAUCAAGGCUUAUUCCACGUA